GCGCAGCGGCGGUCGUUGCUGGCGGGGCGGAGUCGGGCCGCGGCGCCGGUGGCUCGUCCGCUUCCCCUCCUGGACCGCCCGCUCGGCUUUGUCGGGCAGCGAGCCUUCGUCCGUCAGCACCUUCCCCAGGUGGGGGAGCAGACGCGCGGGGAGGGGGCUCACCGCCCCUGGAAUGUCGCAGACUGCCAUGUCCGAGACCUACGAUUUCCUGUUUAAGUUCUUGGUCAUAGGGAAUGCUGGAACUGGAAAAUCCUGUUUACUGCACCAGUUUAUUGAAAAGAAGUUCAAAGACGACUCAAAUCAUACUAUAGGAGUGGAAUUUGGUUCAAAGAUCAUAAAUGUUGGUGGUAAAUAUGUAAAACUGCAGAUAUGGGAUACAGCAGGACAAGAGAGAUUCAGGUCUGUAACAAGGAGUUAUUAUAGAGGAGCUGCAGGUGCUUUGCUUGUCUAUGAUAUAACCAGCCGGGAAACCUACAACGCCCUUACCAAUUGGUUGACGGAUGCUAGAAUGUUAGCAAGUCAAAAUAUUGUGAUAAUACUGUGUGGAAACAAGAAGGAUCUUGAUGCAGAUCGUGAAGUUACUUUUUUAGAAGCCUCUCGUUUUGCACAAGAAAAUGAGCUGAUGUUCUUGGAAACAAGUGCACUAACAGGUGAAAAUGUUGAAGAGGCCUUUGUACAGUGUGCAAGAAAAAUACUCAAUAAAAUUGAAUCAGGAGAAUUGGAUCCAGAAAGAAUGGGCUCAGGUAUUCAGUAUGGAGACGCUGCCUUGAGACAGCUGAGAUCACCACGUAGAGCACAAGCACAAAGUGCUCAAGAAUGUGGAUGUUAAAGAAACAAAACACAAAAUCCCAAAUUCUUACUUUAGAUACAGAAGCUGUCCUGCAAAUGAUGUGUGAAGAAACAGAAAAGCUUGAAGGCUGUGCAGUUUUUAAAGAAACAUCUUUCCACUAUCUACAGACAGAGCAGAGCACUGCUGACAGCAAAGUGUCCCGUGUGGUGUGGGCAGCAGUGUUCAUACAGCACACAAGUCUGCAAAGCAAACUUGAUCAUUUGGUGGACAAUAUUCAGACUCAUGCCUGUAUGUAAACAUUUUCCAUUACCUAUUUUUGUUCUUUCAUCUCUAGUUUAAAGCAUUGCUCUUAUACUGUAAAUAACAUACUGGUAAAUUUACAAAGCAUGGUAUACUUCUGUAUGCUGAUAGAAUGUUGCACUAUGAGCAGUUUAAUAUUUUAUUUUUUUAUCAUAUAAACAAAUUGAACUGAGGUAGGAGUAGGAGGCUUUGUCAUGUUUGUUCGUUGCACAAUAGUUUAUAUUUAUGGCCAGAACUAUAAAACCACUGGCAGCCUCAAUGAGGGGUUGUUGUUUUGUUUCUUCCUUCUUUGUUUGCCACAUUCUAACAAGCCGUUGACGUGACUGAUUCUCAACAGGUGGUUAUGACCCACGCUUACGUUUACUAAAUUGUCAAGUUGGAAAAGCAAUUUUUCUUUAUGUUCACAUAUCCUGGUUUAUCACAGUUCCCAAAUAACUUCUGAAGCUCUUCUAUCAAACUGCAAAAAUGUAGAAAAAAUACUUUUAAGGAUUUUCUCAAAUGGCUGUUGCCUGACUUGGAUUUUUUUUUUCUUGGUCCUGAUGUUUCGUGUAGCGCUGGCACCAUGAAGGUGGAAUGUAUAUGUGAACAGAACUGUGCGUCUUCUGUGUGUGUUUGUGAUUCUAGGGCAGGGGCAUGGGCUUAUGGAGAAUUAUCACAGUAGGAGUUCUUCUGACCUCUUACUACAGACAGAGCAGUUGGCUGGGGAAAUAUGAUCUCUGUUGAAGUGUCUGGUGAGGUACAAACUGAAUCCAAAUGAGUGGUUCUAAAUGUAUAAAACUUAAAGUACUUUAUUUCUCUUAAUGUUCAUACAGUAUAAUUAAGAACUUGAAUGUUAAAAUCAGGCUUUAAAAUUAGCAACUCUGUCUUGCUGGAGCUCUACCUUUGACUUUCAUGUGAGUGCACUCAUUAUAUGUCAUGCUGUCCACAUUGCCCCCAGGAGACUCAUGCAAUGGAAAGGGAAAACUAAGUGUACUACUUGUAUAGUUCUUUCUUCCUGUGAAACUCAUCAAGGGGAAUUUCAACCUCUGUACUGAUUUCUAUUUUUUUCCCCCCCUUACGUUAAAACCCACAAUUUGGACUCUUUCCUUCCCCUGUUUAUUGUGAGGAAGAGACAGGGGGUAAGAAAUUAGGAAUCCUGUCUUCAUUCCUUAGCUGGAGACGGAAGAGACUUGAAGAGGGUCCCAGAGGGAAGACCAGACCACAGGUAUAGUGUAUUAUUUUUACAGUGCCAUGAUGACCACGUAAGAGACCUGUGGCUUUUGUUUUGCCAGGUAAGGAGCUGCAGAAGUAAGCUAGUAUUUCUGGAAGUAGCUAAAUUGUGCCAGCUCAGGGAAGUGAUUUCACUGGCACUGGAAAACAUUUUUUUCCUUGUUACUUGUAUAACUAGAAAUGGAGAUGUCUCCUUGGAAGUGCAAAUGAGCACAAAAUAACUUGAUAGGAAGCCAGUGUUGAAAUUCCAAGAUGAAGCAUGCUUUAUCAUUUCUAUAUUCAAAUCUAUCUGUCAAAUGCAUGUUUAAAAAACUAAACCAAAAAACUGAUGCUGUAAUUGGAGGGCAGUGAAAGCACAAGAGCAAAGCAAGAAUACUACCCAGAGUUAUGCCAUCUUCAUGGGAUUCAGAUCGUGUUUAAAAUUAUGCCUUCUGUCCUCACUUUUUUUUUCUUGGUUCAGGUGGAUGCUGAUCUGAAAACUGUUCACCUUAGGUCAUCUCUGCUUUGUAUUUUAAAAGCCCAUAUUGAGUUUUACAAAGGCAGUUGGGUCCAAAAACUUUCAUGAUGUCUCUCUCUAUGUAUCACAUUGUUGUAGUUAGGAUUGGAUUUGUUACAGAACUGGUAAUUGUUCUCAAGUAGUAUUCUCCUCCUGGUAAGAGUGUAAAGUAUUUUUGAAGCAGCUUAAUUGUGCAUUUACAAGAACAUCAAAAAACUCUAAAGAAACUUACCUGUCCUCUUCUCUCAAUGUGUUUUGACUUCCAGUACUCAGAACUGGAAGCAAUGUCAAAAAGCAGGUACUCCAAAGAAAACGUUGGAUAUAGUUGACUCCUCCAGCAGUCCAAACAGCAGAUUACCUGCCAGAGCUGGGGAAGGGAGGGUGUUGGAUCUGAAACCCAAAACCAGUUCUAGAAUGCUGGGAAAAGAUGAGAUAGGGGCAGUCUAUUCCCACCCCCCCCCACCCCCCCUUACUGCAAUCCAAUCAGCUUUCAUGGUAUACUGACAAAAGUAAAGGCUGAGCCUGUGCUUAUCAGGGGUGACAUGGGACAAGCAAAGCUGAAGGUAUCUCUCUGCUGUUACAAUGUUUGAAGCGGUUGGCUGUUGCUCAAAACUUCUAUUAUUACAGUAGCAGUUGAAAAGAGAAGGGACUUACUUAAUCCUGUUGCUUUUAAAUAGAAACUUUAGAGGUUUGGCAGGGAUUUUCUUAUGCUUCUUCCUGCCUUUUUCCUUUGACAUGUACAAUUGGCCUUUCUUGUAUACUUGGUUCUUAUAAGUAGUUUGGCCAAGUGUCUGGUGAAGCAGCAGUAAGCAUAGUUUCAUUCUUUCUUUAACCAGCUAUCUUAAGUUGUCCCUUUCCUACCUGGAAGGAAAGAGUAAUGUCAAAACUCAUUAUAAUGACAUGUUUUUACCCUUUUUAUAACGUAUACUCUUCCUGUAUACACAUUAACUGGGUUAAUGUGCAGGUUUUGUAGUACUGCAACCUGUUAUGCUGCUUCCCCCAUUUUAAAAAGAAUCUUUCUAAAAUGGCAACUCCUGAGGGAAAUACUGUGGGAAGCAAUACUUCUUGCCAGUGCCAGCUACAUUGUUUACUGUUUCUCCUCUGAAAGUUCUUUAUUUCUAUAAUAACAAUCAUGCCUGGAGUAGAUGUUGAGCUUUAGCAUUAUAGUUCACACAGCAAACCAAACCUAGCUUGCUUAAACACUGAGAAAUAGGUUAAAUUAUGUCAUUUUAGUGUAAAAAUCUUACUUUAUCAGAGCAAGAUGGCUUAGAGUUUUACAUUAAAUAAUACUGAAUACCUAUAUUCCAGGAUGUGUUGGAGGUGGAGCUUCAGCUGUUAAAUUGUGUAAGGUCUGAAAGGUCUUACUAAAAGCCUAUGUCUUGCCUUUGAAUCAGUCUGUUGGCCUACACUAUUUCAUUUAAUGCUUGUAUCUAGCACCCAAUAAACUCUUUCUUGAUUUUC